AUGAACUGGCAGGCAAUAGAUAGCCAGCAGCCGGGUGUUGGUAGGCCAGGGCGCGUACUGUACUAUGUAGUUUUGGUAAUUGCUGCGUUGCGCUGCGCUGUCGCAAAGCGUGCCGUUGCAGCUGGGUUUAAUAGCGGGGUUGACUUGGUUAUGACCGGGGGGCCGCGUGAGUGGGACUGGGCGGAAAUAAAUCGUGUAGAACGGAACGUCGGUAUUUGCCUGAUUAAAGCUCGACGUCAGACUUUGAUGAUGACUUUAUUAGAAUCGAUGAGGUCGGACUAG